AUGACCGAAAACGGCAAAGGAAAUGUAGACUGGAGCAGGUUUGGUUUAGACCCUGUCGGUCAAAGCUCUCCACCGCGAUCGAAUAAUCACGAUCCGUCAAGUUUAACUGCCAGUGGAAGCACAGCCAGUGGAAAUCCUAAUGUUAAAGACCUUUUUGACGAAGAACAGGUAAAAAAAUGCCAAAUGCAAAUUUUAACCCUAAGUGAUUUUGAAAGUGACUUGUGUAUUUCUACUCGCGAUUCGAGUCGAUAUCGCGAUUGUUCUCGAUCGCUUUCUCGUUCGAAAGAUUAUCACUUUGUCGAUUUCACCCAGGGCUCGUGUGUAUGUAUAGAAAAGCGACUAAGUCGUUAAAUUUUAAGGAAAAUUCAAUCAAGGAAUUGAGUAAAUCGAGUAGUUGAAAGAGUUUUCACUCUGUAUGUGUCUGGUUUUGUAGUCGUCUAAACGUAUUUUCUAUUAACCUGGGUCAUAAGCUUGUCUGUGGUUGCCGGAGUACAGCUGCCCGUGAUGGGUUAUUUGAUUCACAUGUGAAAUGACCCACAUAUUUUGAUUUGUACCUGAAAAAAAAUAGUUUGGUCUCUUAUUAUCGUAACGAUUACUUUAUAAAAAAAAUUAUCAAAGUUUUUAAACGAGAAAAAUUUUCAUGCUUCCGUGGUUGUAAAUAAGGAAAUGGCGCAAAACCACAUUUUGUCCGCGAUUGAUGUUGAACAAAAAAUGAAAUUAUUUGAGAAUGUAGAAGCCACAGCACCACAGCACCACAGCACUUAGAAACACAGAUUGGCUGUGCGAGGAAUAUUCACUUCGUUUUUCCCUUAAACUUCAUCAGUAGAACUUUAGUUUAAAAACUGCGAAAAUGAAAUUUACAAUGCGUGUCGCAAAAAUGCAAAUUUAUUUUGAAACAAAUAUUUCACGGAUCACGGGCGCAAGAAAUAAGAGUUUAAUUACAUUAAGUUUAUUUGUUAUUACGAUGCCCGAGCCAGUAUUUCGAUAGCACAGUUGGUUUUGUUUGUGAUUGAAAUAAUAUUAUACACGUUCAGUGCUUUAUUUUUAAUAUAACUUUGAACUAAAUUUCAAUAUCGGGUAUAUUUACAGUAUAGUAAUGUAUUCCAUGCAUUUUUCUUUAUACUUGUAAUAGCAAAUGGCACAGAAUAAAUAUUAAAUCACUAUUGAAAAAAAUAAAUAUUUGUCCUGAAGAGGCUUUGAACCUGUAGCCACCCCUCUACACUUUGAACAAGGCAUGUUUUAGCCAUUGAUCACCAAUACAAACCAAGUUCAGAUGAUUUAAUUGUUUGGGUUGAAAAAAUCAUGCAGAGUCAAAUGUUCAAUUUUGUCAUAUGCGAACAAUAUGCCAUUUGCAUGAUGACAUCUUUUUACUACUAAGACCAGAAUUCAUUUCCUUUUUUUUUUAUAUUUACAAAAAAGUAAAUUUGGUAAUCCCAGCGACGCUUAAAUAACAAAAGCCCUAAAAUUAUUUGCGCAAGAAAACAAAACACUGUAGGAUUCUGGUAGUAGUAGCAAAAUGACACCAUCGCCCCUAAUGGUAAAAUGGCCUAUUGAUAUCUUGUUUUUUCUUUUUUGGUUUAUUUGGUGAUAUAAUGUUUGUUUAUUCUCUGUAACCUAAGGGAGAUCAGGUAUCAGAUAAACCAUGGUGGAAGGCAAACUUCUUCGUGAGGGAGCCAGUACUUUUUGGAACAUGGGAUGGUAAGUUUGGGGAGAGUACAUUUAUGUUAGUCCAGACAGUUAUGGGGUGUGGGGGAGGGGGAGUUUGCUCAUGAUUUUUAUGGUUCAAACUUUAGUAACUAAACAUUCCAAAAAAUUGUUUCCAUAAAUUAACUGAAAGCAACUUUAUCCUUAUUUUCAGGUGUAUUUACAAGUUGCAUGCUUAACAUUUUUGGAGUUGUUAUAUUUCUGCGGACAGGAUGGGUGGUGGUAUGUGUAUCUUUAUUUAUUUAUAUGUUUAUUUAUUUAUUUUAUUUUUUUCUGAUACAUGCAUGUAGUUGAUACAGGUGUAAAUCCUUUGCUUUGAGUAUAAAAUGAUCAGACUUAAAAAGUUUUCUAGUUUUUGCAUUUCUUUCUCAAAUGAACAGCUUUGCGAGGAAAGAGAGAGGUUUUGUAAGGCCUCACUUUUAUUUUUUAUUAUUAUAUUAUUUUAAUUUUGUUUCAUGUUUUAAUGUACAUGUAUAGCACAGUCAGAGGUGUAUGCAUGCAUGCAGACAGUAAAAUUAAUUUUACUUCUGCAUCUCUUAUUAAACUUUGCUCUGCUCAUCCUCUUUAAUUUUCUUUAUUCAUUGCUUUCUAUAAUGCUUCAAAUUAAUCUAAUAUCUGCUGAGUCUGGUUUCAAAAGUGCAUCUUACUCUGCAGGGCUAAAAAAUAUUGAAUAAUUUCUGCUCUCACAUUUUGCUUGCUCUGCAUAGGGCCACUUCUUGCUUGUCGUCAGUGCUAAUUUUUUAGGGGAUGAUUUGCCUGGACCCUUGCCCAUUCAGGGCAAGUAAACUUUAAAAGUUACUCUCCCAGCAAAAUACUUGUGCCAGACUACUGGAAGGGCUUUUUUUGAGCCCUGCACUAGUGCAGACAAUUAAAUUUUAAAAAGUUUUUUUUUUGCACGGGUAAGUAAAAUGACAGAACUGUUCUAAGUUGUUUCUUUCUUCUUUUAAUUGUAGGGAAAUGCUGGUAUCGGUUUAUCUCUGCUGAUUAUUGUCCUUACUCUUCUGGUUGCACUGGCUCCUGCCCUCUCUGCUAUCGGCAUCUGUGAGAGAACCCAUGUUGAGAGUGGAGGGGUGUAUUUUCUGCUUGCACAUGUUCUGGGCCAGCGAAGUGGAGGCACAGUAGGAAUACUUUAUAUAUUUGGAAUGGUAAGUGAUUAAAAUAAGAAAUCUCUUAUACAAUGAAUGAUUAAUUUUGUUGGAUAAAAUAUGAGCAGAGGAGCUGUAAGGGUGUUUACAUAGGCACUGCAACCAUUGAAACAACCAUACAGAUGAGAUGCAAUGUAUUUUGUAGUACUUGUAAAGAGAGAUAGUCUUUAGAAAUCUGUAACAAAAGUUAAUGAAUACUAUUAAUAAGCUAAGCAACAAUGAUUGAUCAGUCUUUGCAUAAUUUAAUAUUGAUAAUUUUGCAUCUUUGGUGAUUUUUAUGGGUCACGUAUGCAUGACACAGGGGUAAAGAAAAUGCUGCGUACAUAUACCAGGGCUUCUGAUAGGUCGCGGAAGAAAAAGUCAAAUUUCGCAGGAUUUUUAGGGCCCAAAUUAGCGGAAAAAUUAGCCGAUUUCACGGGAAUUUCGUGGGAGUUUUCGGGGCAAACUUCACCAAAAAGCAAUUGGUAAAAAACGGCCGAUUUUGUGGUUAUUUUCAAGGUAAAUUUCGCUAGAAAUCUAUCGGUUUUGCGCUGAUCAGACCAGCGUUUUUAACGUUUUUCUAACAGAGGUCAUCAUUUGCUCUUUCAACAACAAUAUGUCGCUCCAGAAAUGAACCAAUGGCAAAGCCUUUAACAUUAUGUCCAGUGCCCAGUUUUUCGCAACAUAAUCUAAUCCUGGUAGUUUCGGGACAUUGUUUGCACGUUUCAGUGACGAAGUUCCAAGAUAAAUUUGCAAGUUUACGGCAAGGAAAUAGCCCCUAUAGCUGAAAUAAGUUUCAAAUAUGUUGUACAGACGUGUGUUUGAUAAGAUUUCUACUGAAUUUCCCAGUAUUUUUCGUGUUUUUGUGCAUUUCACGGGAUUUCGCGGAUUUACUUGAAUUUUGCGGCUCCUCAACCGCGUGAAACAUCAGAAGCCCUGAUAUACAUAUACAUGUACAUGUACCUUACAAGUGCACAGUUGUCCAGUUGCAUGAGGGCUGUCACCUGUGCAUGUCCUGCCUAUAGAAAGUAUGUUGGUGUUUUCUCUUUAGGCAGGGACAAUGAGAAAGGGUGUGUAUUCACAAGCUAGAAUAGAGUGGACAAAAAUUACAUUUUGAUGUAUUCACGCAGUCAUAGCCUGCAAAUACACCCAUUCCUCUCACUCCCUAUCAGGUUAAAAAAAUCACACACACUACUAUCCUUUUGAUAUGCAGUCCAGGUUUUACCAUAAGUUUACCAUAAGUUUUACUCAAACCAUCCAAUUAAAAGUCUUGUGCAUAAACAUUGACAGCAGUUAAAUUUAUAACCAUGUUAAAGAUAGACCCUAACUACAAAGUGCUGCUAAAUCAGCCGAAGAGUCAAGAAAGAUCAGGGGCCUAUUUCUCAAAAGUCCUGGGAAUGUUUCGGGCCCGGAAAUCUGUUUUGUGUUUGCAAUGUUACCAUUCGUGAUCAAAGUUUCAAUAAUUUUGAAAACGAUGCAAUAAGACUAUCAGUUAACAAAGCAGAAUUGGCUGGUUUGUGUGAUAGGAACUGUGUUAGCACUAUUCAGCAGGUUUUGAUUUCAAAACUUUCCUUUGGGCCCGGAAAGUUUCCUGGCCUUUUGAGAAACAGGCCCCAGGUUAUAAUUAGUGUACAUCAACGUCAACUCUAAGGACUGAGCGGCUGACAGAAUGUCCCAAAUCAUUUGAAUUUCCUAUCAGAAUUUCUUGUGCCCCCAUGGCACUUGUACAUGCAUGUAAGCAUCCCAGAGUUAAAUAUGUGUGUGAAUUGUGUACAGAAAACUCAACAAGUGAUAAUUUAUUUAAUUUUAUCAGGCUGUUAGUAUUUCAUUAUUCUCUACUGGAUUUGGAGAGUCCAUGGCAGAGACGACAGGCUGGGAUAGCCCUUGGGCAGUGCGAGUUAUUGGCCUCAUUACAGCUCUUAUCUUAUUGGUUGUUGUCCUUGCUGGUGUCAAAUGGGUUGUUAAACUUCAGCUUCUUCUGCUUGCGAUUCUGAUGCUUUCUGUGCUGGAUUUCCUGGUUGGGACUUUUGCACACACAGACUAUUGUAAGUAAAAAUGUGCACUCUUUAGUGUUAUAAAAAUGUUACAUUCCAGCUAAUUUUUACUUUAGUCAAUAUACAAAAGAUUAGUCAACUCUCUCUAAGACGGACACCUCUGGGACUGGCACUAGCUGUCCGUCAUAGAGAGAUGUCUGUCUUAUAGAGAGUCAAAAAGAGGGAGGAAAGAAAGGCAGGGACAAACUCCAGGCCCUAGUUAGGUGUCCGUUUUACAGAGGUGUCCAUCUUAUAGAGGUGUCCGUUAAGAGAGAGUCGACUGUAUAUUCCUGUAAAUACCUGUAUUUUUAAGUGAAAAACAAGAAAAUUAAUAAACUGAGCACGAUAGCUGAAUUGAUUGCUUUGGUUUCAUCAGUGCUCGAUAAGGGCCGAGUUGCUGCCAUCCAUUUGACAACGUAAUUAUAAUAACAGCCUCAGGGCUUUACUCUAGCAGUGCCCAGUAGCCCUUAAGCUCAAUCUCCCCUAAUUUCUUUGGGUCCUCGGACUGCUGACUCAUUUCCAAAACAGCAGCUGCUAAUCGAGCCUCACGAGUGUCCCUCAGUGCAUAAAGUUUGCUCUUGGGGGACUAGAAAGUCUUAGUUUUUUUUGGCAAAAACUGUUUUUAGCUGGGAACCCUGGAUUUUACAGUUUACAGCAAUGGGCUCCCUUCACUUCAGUUUACCUAGGGCAUGGUAUUGACAGGAGUCAUUAUUUGCUGACUCGUAUCUUUUAACUUGAAACUAAAAAAAAUGACUGGUAACUGUGAUUACAAUAUUAAUAUUGUAAUUCAAGUACUCGUCAUUUGGGCUGGGAUUUGUGAAAUUAGAUGGCUCACCAGCCACCCACCUUCUGUUUAUGGUGCAGAAAAGAGGCACUUUCCUAGGACCACUAGAAAAACAAAGAAUGAUUUAAGCCUUUAGUUAAUUUUAAGGCAGAGCAAAACGCAGUGCGACCUCAUUCCCAGGGUUCUCUCCUACCCGUCCCUACGGAGCGAUGGGUGGGAGAGAGAACCUGGGAGUGAGGUUGCAUGCAGUGAGUAUAAGUCUAUUUCGAUUUUGUUUGCAUCACAUUCACAGCUAAUAUUUUUGUUUGUAGCUGCUGGCUUCACUGGCUACAGUGCAGAAAAUAUGGAGAAGAAUUCACCACCCAAGUUCUCUGACGAUCAAAAUUUCUUUAGCGUGUUUGGCGUGUUCUUUCCAAGUGCCACAGGAGUGUUGGCUGGAAUCAACAUGAGUGGCGACUUGAAAGAUCCGUCAAGUAACAUUCCUGCUGGAACACUGGCCGCCCUGGGAUUCAGGUCUGUGAGACAUGUGGCAGGGUUUGUUUUUCCUUUCCCCAAAUAUAUAAUGUACCUCAAAGCAGCCUACAUAAAGACAGUGAUAGCCAGUUCGUGCAGGCCUACCAACGUUUAAAGUCAUUAAGUUUGAUGCAUGAAUGUUUUAUAGUUUUACAUACCUAGUGUUCUUGGGUCUUGAUUUUUGUCAUAAUUAUGUAGUCUUUCGAAGCCUGUCACUUUUGACCAAUUAGAUAGCUGCGUUCGUCAUAUACAGCGAACGCGGAGUAUUCAAAAAUCAAUAGCCCGCUUGCUUGCUCAUUAGUGGCUUCGCCGCCAAAGUUUUCACCAAACUUGCACAAGUGAGCCUGCUUGCAGGCUAGUCUCAGUUAGACUUUUGAACCCCAUUGCGCAUUUGCAUGACUUUCUGAAAAGUUGUGUCAAAAGUCAAAAUUCACAAAUUAAUGGAACCCAGUUCAAAACAAAUAACUGCUGGGAAGAGGAAAUUUUGCUUAAGUAGUUGUAUCGUGAGUUCAUUUUGGUCAAAUUUUGAGCACAAACGCUACAACUUACCCUCCAAUUUCUUGCAAAUUAAGCAAAUUAAGGUCUUACCUAUCGGCAUGUUAUGCAGACUCUGUGCCGCGCCCAGUUACUUAGGGCAAGAGAUACUUUUGGUAACUAUUGAUAUUACUAUCACCGCAUUUUCCCUUGUUUGCGUGGUAUGCCCUUGCAUGUACACUUAUGUCAGCUACAUAUUUACCAAUGAGUCUUUUUUUUGUUUGUUUACAGUGGAAUGUUGUAUAUUCUCUUUGCCUUGCUGUUGGGAGCGGUUUGUAGUCGACAUGCACUACUCACAGAUUACAUGAUCGCAUCCAAGGUUUCCUUGGUCGGUGUUCUGUUCUUGUUUGGAUUGUACAUCUCCUCUCUCUCUUCCUGCCUUGGAGCGCAAUAUGGAGCCCCAAGAGUCCUACAGUGUAUCAGCAAAGAAAAUGUGUUGCCCAUCAUAAAACCACUAGGCAAAGGGGUACGUAUUCUUGGCUUGCAACCACGUGACAAGGAGGCCAUGUUGGGUGACAAAAAAAUACUAACCCUUUUUUCGUGAGUCAACUUGGCGGCGGUGACGUCAGCUGAAAACCAGCAAUUGCCACAUUCACUACAUUUUUUUGCCGGCUUUUUAUCAUGCUCGUGGGUACCAACGAUUCUUGUCUCGGCACAGUCAAGGCUCCAACCUCGACAUCUUGUUACUUGCUAGAUCUUCAUGUCUGUAUUUUGUCAGUUUAAUUAAACUAUGAAAUAUUCCUUUUGUUUACAGCUAUUUUCGACCCCAUUACGGUCCCCCAAAUUUUAAAACUUAUUUGCUUUUGCAAUACUCCUUUAAAAACAAUGUUUGUGCAAAAUUUGGGGGCAAAUAAGUAUGAAGUUCUAAAAAUUCCUCUUACUCUGCAUGGUAAGGCCAAUUUUUACGUGAUACAUCAGGUGAAGGUCUUAAUUUGAAUUAUGUACCCUUUAUUACCUCUAUUGGCCACUCAACACCACCUUGAAUAUCCGACUUGCUCCUGCCUGGCCUCGUGUCUAAGUCGGUAGAGCAACGGUGGCUCUAACCCGAAGGGCGUUGGCUCGAUUCACACCGAGGACAUAAUAUGUAUUCUUUACCUUGCCGAAUUGUCUCCUAAUUCCCUCUACAAGGACAAACGCUAAUUGAGGUUUAUGGGUUGUUUCUAGCUAAUUCUCUUUCCACCGUCAAUAGUCUAUACCAUCAUUUGUAACGUUAGACUUUGUUUGGUUUUAAUUUCAGCAUGGCCCAAACCAAGAACCAUACUUGGCUGCCGUAUGUGUAGCAAUAAUCGCGGCGGGCUUUAUCAUGAUCGGCAACUUAAACGCCUUAGCUCCUAUUGUUACUAUGCCAUUUCUACUAACAUACGCUGCGAUUGACUAUGCGUACUUCAAGCUGGCCAUGAGUUAUGAUAUCAGAGAGCAACAGAAACUGGCUGGUAGGAAUAAGCCGCCUGACUCCACCAAGACAGAUGAAACUAAGCUCAUCUCAUAUGAAUCUAAGGUACAUUUGAAUACAUAUCAACUGGACCUUAUUGUCCUAGAGUAUAGCUUGCUCGAAUGUUAACAAACAUUGAAAAACAUGUGCAAAGGGUAAUGACGUCAUUACUAAUGUCAUCUCCGCCAAUCAGCAUUUCGCAGUGACUUUUUCGAUGCAGAUAUUCAAAUUCAUAGACGUAGUUGCAAGCUCUCCUUCCAUUUUUCCCGCCCCACCGCCAAAGCGUCCCGGAGAGCUUGCUCGCAGGCUAAUACCCAAGAUUCGCGGGGCAUAUAUAUUUUUUUCUGACAGUAAGUGCUGUAGUUUGUGGCUAAUGUCAUAAUGACAUAUUUCUCCGAAAGCCUGCAUUCCAGAGUCUCGGCUGCGUUCUUAGUGCGAACCUACAUGUAAUUUGCCACUAACGGCGACGGAAUUUUUCAAGCCACUGCCUUCAAAUAGGUUACAGUACAGAAAACGAAAUAAUCUGGGCCUCUUAGCAAAUUCUCGCGUAAUUUUAAAAAAUUCUUUCUGUUAACUUUCUGUUAGGGUGAUGGCAAGAAAACAAGCUAUGGUAGUGGAUCUUUCGAAAAACAUGACUUCGGAAAUGUGAAAUUUAGUCAACUAGACAUCACCGAGAAAGAUGACUCCACAGAGAAGGAAAACUUAGAUAAAGACGAAGUGUUAGACAACACAUCUCCACUGGAUAUGGAUAAUAAAAAACUAGAAACAAAACUAAACCUUGAAGAUAAAGGUGAUGAACUAGACGAGGAAAGUACCAGAGAUUCCACGCCGCUUCUAGAAAAUGAGAGCAACAAGGUUAAUAUUAAAGAGGGAAAACAAGUGGAAAUAGAUCAUGGUACAGAGGCCCGCCGGAGGAAAAAAGGUAAGGGAUUGCGUGCGUUUCAAGAUCGCCGUAUGAAAGAGGGAACACAAAAAGAGUGCUACCCGCGAGAGAGGCGAGACGGAGAUUUCGUCAACCGCUCCUCGCACGCGUUGCUUAUCUAGGGCGCGAAAUUUUUUGUCCUACUAUAUUUCUUGUGGUAAGAAAAUUGUUAGAGGGCUUACUGGAGGCAGCAAGGGGCGGUCAUGAUCUCAUAUUCCAAUUCAGGGGUCGCAAGUUUUCAGUUUUCAACGUCAUCCUCAAUAAAUGUAGUCGACUUAUCUAUGAUGUUUGUUCGAGUUUGGGUGCGUAGAAUUGAGUACCCGUAAGGUCGAAGCUGGGAUUAAUUUCCUGAAGGGAAUUACGACCUCUCUAACACCUGGUUCUGCCAGCGUACGUGUCAGGCCUUUGUAGGGGAAGAGAAAGGUUGUUUUUAGUCCAAUUUGGCGUGCAAGAGCGAGUGCAUAACCACCAUCCGCUGGCUAGCCGUUGAUAAAUUCCUCUCUGUUUUUAUUUCCGUAUGUGUACGUUAACUGUCUAAAAGAACUUUGAACGGUGUAGGAUAUUAUGGGUCUGUCAUGAUGAGGUGAACCUACAGGUUCAGUCGCCUAGUAUGCUCUUUAACAACUCACCCGUUUUCUGAAAUAUUUGUAUCUGUGUUCAUUAUAAUUCAGAGCGGAAGAACGAGGAUUAUUAUCACGAAGAGCACCAAAUCAAGUGGGAGAUAGAGAAGCAGCCAACUUCCUUCUAUUCGGACCUGUGUAACCGAUGGGUAUCUCUGGCUGGGGUGAGUUUCCAUUUUCACUCCACAUUUAAAAAAUAAUGUGACCGAGUGGACAAGGAUUAGCACCUAGCCGGUUAGCGAGCGCCUUCUGUGGAGGACCUUCCGAGUUUCAUUCCCAGAUGGGAUCUCAGAUCCUUCUUUCGACUUGACCUCUUUCCUCCCCGUAUAACUUAAAGUAGCUAGAAAAUUCCCCUAAAACGGAACACUGUUAGAGAGAGGGGGGAAAAUUGAUGGCACCGUCGGCCUCAGGUUUGUCAGUUUAAGGACUGCUACGAGUUACCAACUAUAUUAUUAUUGUAUUCAAAAGAGAAUGAUGGAACAGAAAAGCAUGGCUUGCACGGGUCCUUAAAGGUCCUUGAAAAAGCAUCAUGUUCUUAAAAAGUCCUUGAAAAUUGAAAAAUUUUGGCAUAUCCUUGAAAAGUCCUUGAAUUUUCCACAAAAGUCCUUGAAAAAGUGUUUUGCGCAAAGGAAAGAUUGAAAGGGCAGCAGUAAGGAAAUUUUCUUGGUGACCAUGAAAGUGUGGUUUCAUAGGAUUUCAAAGUUCCCGGCAUAGUUCAUUUUGCGCUAUUUGAAUUACACAAGGAACCGUGCCUUCCUGAGGGAAGCUAUUGCAAUAAGCAAACCCUCCUCUUUCUACGAAUUUGAAAGGUCUUCAUGUCAUUCUAUGUUAAAUUAGAGGGAAAAGAUGGCCUUGAAAAAAUUAUCUUAGUCCUUGAAAAGUCCCUGAUUUUUUUCCCUUAAAAUUCUGUAUGAACCGUGAAAGGAACUCCUAGGGCGUUGGCCAGGAUAUGUGAAUUUCACUAAAAUUAUUUCUAUAUAAUUAAGCGAAAAUCCAAUUUCUUGGAAGUCCGCACAUGUUAAUCGAUUGUUUGAAACGUCAUCGAGCUACUGUCUCAAAGCAAACAAUGCAGAAUAUUGUAAUGGUGAUACACCAAAAGGGCAUAAUUUCUCAUUAUAUUCUCUUGACAACACUGAAUAAAAUUUUGCGGACCUCUUCGGAUACCAAGACUGAUUAAUUUCAAUCGAUUAAUUGGUCUAAAAUAACUUUGGUGCAACUGGCAUGUCCCAAAGGCUAGAUCGGGUUCCUCUGUCCCAUUAUGUCCUCUUGGUGUAUUAUGAUAUUUUUGUUUGUACAAUACAGGCCUUCGUUAGUCUACUGAUAAUGCUCCGUUGUAAAUGGUGAUUUGCACUUGCAAACCUGUCCACAGCGUCGUGUACUUAUAUUCAGUAUGAUAUUUGUAUUUUCAUGUUGCAGACUUUCGCCAGUCUACUGAUUAUGUUCCUUAUAAACUGGGGAUAUGCGCUUGCCAACAUUUCUGUGGCGUUAUUAGUGUAUAUAUACAUCGGUCAGGCCAAUCCUGGGCUAUCAAAAGGUAGGAUUCUUUUGUUCUACGUAUUACAUUUUAAGUCCAUGGCACACCUGCUAAUAACUCAAUAGGUAAGGGUGGUAUUUUAAGUUUCAUAUUGAAAGGUGACGGUGAUUCUAGCUACAUGAACUUUUUCGGACAUCUUUUAUCAGCUCUCAGUAAAACUACAGUUAAGUCUAAAAGGUACAGUAGUUAUAGUACAGUACAGUAGUACAUACAUACAUACAUUGGGUUUUUCUUAAACCACGAAGGAUGAACGUUUAUGCGUUCGCACAUACGUUUUUACGAAUUUAUUUUAUUUUUAUUUUGUUUGAUAUGUAUUUUUUUUUUGGUCUUGUACAACAGGUUGUGCCUCCGAAUUUGUGUUCUCUAAGUGGGUGCAGUCUUUAUGGGACAAGCUGACAAGGUUGGUGACCAUUUUUGUUUACUCGAUUUGCUCUCUGACGGGUUUGCCAAUUUGAAUCUUAACAAAUGUUUGCUAAAACGCACAAAAUCUUAUGAAAUCUGACGAGUCUUCCGUCAGUAAAAGAGAUUUAGCUCAAUUGUUGUUCUGACUUCUCCUUAAAAAAGAAGGUGAAGCAAAAGGCAGAAACAUGUCUCUGACUCUGUUCUUUUCCUGUGUCGCUUGUUCUCCGCAUUCAUACGUGCUGCAGUUCGUUUCAUCUUAUCACUCUGUUUUAGCUGUUAGAGCUUUCUUUCUGAGGUGACCACUUAAGCAUUAAUUCCAUCACGAGGAAUAUAGGACUUUAUGACCUUUAUUCAAGUUUAAAUAAUAAGCGUCGCAACGGUACAAAUGAAAGUAACUGAUUGGGACGUAAGUAUCCGAAGGGAGGAAAUUAAAGCAAUACGGAAACCGUAGGAGACGACUGUUAGCCUAAGGCGCCCGCCAUGGCCAUGAGGCACCAAUUUCGCGAAGGAAUAGUCACAGGGCCGACACUUGCUUACCCAGUCAUACACCUUAGAGACUGAGUAACAUGGAAGCUAUUGCUAUAACUAUGGUCACGUAGCUUCUCUGCCUGUCUACCAAGAUCUUGCGUGACAUUUUCAGUGGGAUAAAGGGGGACCCGGUCUCCAAAAAAUUUUUGUCGGCUCUUCGGGCCUCAGUUUGGUCUAUAAAAUAAGGGGGAGUCGGGGGGCGAGCCCCUCCCCUGGAUCUGUCGCUGAUUUUAACUGUUGUUAUCAGCUUUCACACUAAAGUUUGUCUGUGCAAUUUAUACAAACAGGAAAGAGUCUACACAGCAACAGAUUGUAGUACCAAUCAGCGGGAUUCCAUAUCAGAUGUCGACCUAUCAGCUUACGGAGGAAAACACUGACUUCUCUUACAGAGACAAACGGCAUCAUUCAUCCAUGGUAACCAGUAUAGGCCCUCAGUAAACCAGGGAGGAUGGGUGGGGAAACAGAGUAAGCUGUUCAAGGAUAGGGUGGGGCAAUGUAUUUAAAUUUCAUAGAAAAUAUAUGUUAAAUAUUAAGUUAGGUAUACAGAAUUCAUUUUGUCUCCUUAACCCUUUUCCUUCUGAGAGAAUAUUUCUUGUUUAUCGUCGUCGCCCAUCGCUAGGAUAGCACACCUUUAAAUUUUAAACACUUUUAUAUAACUGUUCUUGUUAACUUCUAAAUCAGCAGCACAUUAUAAAGUGACUAUUUAAAUUGACAACCUUUAACGUCCAACCGUUAACGUAGUUUUUCAAGAGUUUAUGGAAAUUCAGUUUACACCCUUUAAAUACGAAAAAUGAUCGCCGGUUUUCAGCGAACCUUUUCGUAGGAUUGAUGAGCAGGGUUUUUUUUCCAUAGCCACUGAUUGACCAAUCUUAGUUUUUUAAAAUAAUUAAUCGAGCCGAGGCAUCACAGGAGUGGCUUGUAGCUGUCACGUGUGUAGCCACACUCUGUACUAGUCACCAAGCCACACACUUUCUGUCUCGAAGGAAAAUGGUUAAGUUCUUUUCUAACAAAUUGAUGUAAAUAACGUUGAGGAGUUAUCUCAUUUCUAAUAGAUCUCUGCCGCAAUCCUGUAAACAAAGGCACGAAAUCGAAGCUUGGGUUGAUUAGAGGAAAUUGUUCGCCCAAGCUGCAAGGUUAUUCUAUUACUGGUUUAAACUCUAUUUAUUAUUAUUAUUUAAUACAACGUCAAGUUGUUGUGUUGACGAACGUUAACCGGUUGUUUGAAUAGGAUUCAUGAAAAAAUUGAGUUUAUUUUCAAAUAAAUUGAAGACAAGAGAGAGGAGAAGUGUGACGUCACGUUACCAUGGUAGCAAAAUUUCUGGAUCAUAACAUUAGGGAGCUUAAGUAACGAAGAUGGCGACGGCAACGAGACCGGCCAAAAAAGCAAUAGUUUAUAUUAGUAAAACAACAACUUUGCACGUGCAUCACGCGUUUUUGUACAUUUCUUAGCCGUGGUUGCACGACUGUGACAUGAAACUUCCUAAUUUCACGCGCCUGCUUUGUGGAGUAGGUGAACACAAGCGACACAAAAAUUUUCUUUUUCUUUUUCUAAACUUAGAUACGGUCCCUUCGAAAUUUCGCCAACUUUUGGCAAAUUAAAUGGCAUUGAAUAAGAUCGAUUAAGUUUCAAACAGUGCGAAUUCACUUUUUAAGUGACGUUUUCGCUUUGUUAUCAUCCAGAAAUUUUGCUACCAUGGCAACGUGACGUAACGACUUUUCUCUAUCACGAGGACAAGUAACACACGCAGAUGCAGUUGAGAGCCCGUCAUUAGCGACAUGAUACUUUCCUCCUUCCUAGAGGCACUUGGCCUUAAUACAACAAACGACUAAAUUUAAGACCCUCCGUUAGCAAAGACCACGUGUCUGAAGGAAACGAUGUCGAGGCUCUGUGGGGAUGACAAUGAUGACAGGCAACUGCGUAUGCGUGUGUUUCUUUUCUUCAUUCUCAACUUCAGAACCCUUAGAGGGCGAAUAACUUGGGCCAAGAAGGGAUCAUGCGUAGCAAUAAGGGUCUAUCUAGCAAAUGGGAAGGGUUUGCGCUUACAUUCUCCCACAAAGUAAAGUCUUCAGCGACAUCUUUGCCCCUUUUAAAUUACCAAUGAGAUACAAAAACAAAAACGUAUUUAAUUUACCUUCCAUAUGUCGCCUUGUACGCAAGGAACACAAUGUAAAAUGAACAUGGUUUUAUUUUAGGAAAUUCGUUAAAUGAGAAAACACAUCACAAUCAAUCAACAUAUCAAUUUGGCAGAUAUUAUGAUUUAGUUGAAUUUUUUUUAUUCGGUUAGGUUAGUGAUUAUCACGAAUCAUAGAAAGGAC